CACCACUCUCCCCCUCUAUUAAGUUUCAAGCGUCUCUUCCUCCUGAACUGAACAACACACACCAAACAGGGGACUGGACGGAAAACAGUCGCCGGCUCUCCUGGUCCUUACAUCCGUCUCCUCCCAUUUUAUAAUUUCCUUACUUCAUCUGCCCCUCACUUCCUUGUAGCUCUGUUCAUAUUUCUUUCUGUCUAAUUCAUUUUAUCUUUUUAUCCUUUGUUCCCUCUGACCACUUUUGCUUAAUUUACCCAUCAGUCACAGGAUAGUUGAUAGCUGUGUCUCCUCAUUUUUUAUAUAUUGUUUUAACACUUCCAUCCUACUCCUUAUCCUUUUCCUGUUUUCUCCCUACUAAACCAUCUUCCCAUCUUUUCAUCUAUUAUAUUGCCCCCCUUAUAUUAAGCCCUCCCCCCUCCCCCCUUGUCUUCGUCGGGCCUAGCCAGUUGAGAUCAUCAUGUGGUCCAACUUCAUCGUACAGCCCGAUGGUGAUGAUCGUAUCGGGGUGGCCGGGGCUUUACAAGGUGGGGGUUUAGCUGGAAUAAAAGGUGGAAGGGGACAGGGAAGGAGGGUCCAGAAGAUGAGUGACAGCCAGGAAGGAAAGAUCAAACUGGCCUUCUUUGUGGCUAUCAUUGGCGUGACCCUCACCGUGUUGGGCAUGGGGACAGAGUUUUGGGUGGAGCUGGCACAACCAAAGAAUUUCAGCGGCAACCAGACCUGCCAGAUGGCAUAUUAUGGCCUGUGGAAGGGCUGCAUCCGCACCCUGUUUGUGGCGGACAUAGACCCAGACAGGGAGCUCUGCGGCCCCGCUGAACUAAAUGGAGUAACCAACUGCACCUACUUUAAGUUCUUCACCUCCGGGGACAAUGCAGUCAUAUUCAAGAAGACAACUAACAAACAGCUGAAUCUAGCAGCAGCUAUCUUGGCCCUUUUGAGUCUGACCAUGAUGGCAAUGGGCUCCAUCUGUAUCGGCAUGUCCCUCAACAAAGGAGUGCCCUUCUUUCUCAAGCCAGCCUCCUUCUGUUUCAUCCUAUCAGGUGUGCUGGUCCUCCUGUCUGUCCUGAUAUUCCACCAGUCCGUGCUGGCCUUGCUGUCCAGUGAUGACUCCAUACCUUUACACUAUGAGCUGUCCUGGUCUGUGGCCUGCGUCGGCUCCGCGGGAGGAAUUCUUAUUUUUGGAGGUUGCCUCUUUAUCCUCCUCUCUCUUCCUUUCAGCCCCUGGGAGAAAUGCUUUCCACACAAGAAUAGCGUCACCUAGCACUUGAAUGAUGAUACAAUGUGCACACAGUAUUCUUGAUGUAUUGUUUGAGAGUGGAAAACAUCCAUUUUCUGAAGGCAGUGACUCUGCUUAUUCUCGGCAUUUAAUUUGUCAGAGAAGUCAUACAAGGUCUUAAUCAAAAUGUUUGUAGAGAAUUCAGAAACACAUUAGAUAGGCCUCCAGAAUUUGAAACAAAUGUGUUUUAGUGUUUUUUUUUGGUAGAAAUAGCUGGACAUAGCAAUUUUAGUUUAAUGGUUUCAUUUUAAGCUCUUUCUUGUGUCACACAAAUCUUAUUAUCCUUUCUAAAGUUGUACGUCCACAUACAAAUAUCUACUACAACUUUCUGCCAGCAUAAGUAUAUCAUAAAAAACCUUUUAAAGGCUCAAACACUUUUUUUUAAACUUUAAUGCUAAGUAUGGAAGCCCAUUUCUGUCAAGGAAAAAAAAAUGAUGGCUUAGAUUGAAAUUAGUUUAUUUUUAUUUUCUCUACAGUUUUUGUGGCUUUACAAAACAAAAAACAGAGUUUCUGUUAUAAUUAAUAUGGUUGCUAGACGGGGCUGUCUAUCGAACGCAAAAAAUACUGUAUAGUUUUGUGUCAUAUCUGCUAAAUAAUAUAUUGUAAAAAAGUUCAUAUUCUAAGUGCUAUGAAGCUUUUAUACACGUACUACUUGUUAAAGAAGAGGCUUCAUGCCAUUAUUUAUAACUUAUGUGUGUUUUUUUCAACAAUUUGCUGAAUGCUGCUUCAGUAUGAAUGUAUGUUGAAUGAAAGCAACUGUGAAAAGGGAUUAAAAUACCUUUUUGUAUAUCAGAGAAUUGUAUGGACUCACUUUAUAAGCUCAACUUUGUACAUAAACUGAAUGAAUGUGUUUAUAUUGUACGAAUGGUCUCUGUUUGCAAUGUUGUCUCCCGUCACUUUAUAUGUAAUAUGUAAUAUGCAAUAAGUACACUUUAAAUAAUGUCAUAGGAUGCUCUCCUUUUCUCUCUACCAAGAAAUGCUAUUUUACCAUUUUUAGGCUUAUUUCUACUCAUAUAUAUGUACAUUAUGUGGCGCCGGUUUUGCUUAUCAUUAAAGGGAUUUGACAUA